GUAUUUGGAGGCUGGAACAGACUUGCGUAAAUCAUUGUGCAAUCUCUCUUUGCCUGUGAAACCCACGGCUCCUUCUGUGUGUAUAAUAGUGUUUCAGUCCUCGGUUUUUACUCCUGUUUUGCGGUUCAGGCUAAUGAAGUUAAAAUGCGCGUAAUAACCCAAAGCUGUGUCCUAUUUUUGUGGAUGCAUACGCUGACCUUCGUGAAAAGUCUCGAUUGUACACUUGAACAGUUUUUAAAGGGCCCCCUGUAUGAUUCAAACUUCGACACAACUGAUCUGGAGACCAGCUAUCCUGGUGGAAAAUCAGUGAGAGUGGGCUGCAAUGUUGGCUUCAGUGGCUUUUUCAAACUGCUCUGUAUCGACGGAAAAUGGCAGUCCAGAGGCACUGUUUGUCAACCAAGAUCAUGUGGUCAUCCUGGAGAUGCCCAGUUUGCAGAUUUCCAUCUUGAAAAGGGAGACGAUUUUGUAUUUGGGUCACAAGUUGUAUACACCUGCCAUAAAGGCUUUCAAAUGGUCAGUCGCACAAACUUUCGACGUUGCAUGGCUGAAGGGUGGGAUGGUGUGGUUCCUGUCUGUGAAGCCCAACAGUGUCCAGUGAUUCUUGUGAAGGAUAAUGUCCUUGUCUAUGGGGACCUGGAGGAAGCAACCUAUGGCAAUGUAGUUCGAUUCAGCUGCAAGUCCAGCACCGAAGUCCUGGUUGGCUCAUCAGAGUUGUAUUGUGAUGAAAAUGGAGAUUGGAGUGGCACAGUUCCAAAAUGCCAAGAAAUAACUUGCACUGUACCCCAUAUUAAAAAUGGUCAUGUACCUGGGGACAUCCAAGAGUACAAAGAACAUGAUAUCCUGCAGUAUGAGUGUGAUCAUGGAUAUACAAGCGCUGAAGAAAGAUCUUCAAAAUGCACAAAACUAGGACAAAGAGCAGAAUGGAGCCCCACACCUGCUUGUGAACCAAUAAAAUGUAAACUGACACUGCAGACACUGGAGGGAACCAGUUAUGAACCUGCCUACAGAAAUUUGUUUUCACCUGGUGAAACAUUGACAGUCACAUGCGGACAGAAGUACUGGAUUUCUAACCCUCAUGACAUCACAGCUGUAACUACAUGCAAAGAGGACGGAAAAUGGACUAUCACUCCGGUAUGCCAAGAGGUUAGGUGCAGCAAUCGAAGACCCGAUCAUGUUUACAACUGGAAUAUCUAUUGGGGACAAAUAAUCACAUUGGAUCAAACCACAAAUUAUUGGUGCAGGGCAGGCUACAAGAGGACGAGUACUACCGGCUGGGCCAAAUGCACUAGAGAUGGGUGGAAACCAGAUCCACUUUGUGAAGAAAUAAAAUGCAACAGACCUGAUAUCCCGAAUGCAAAUAUCAUCAGCAGUGGUAUCAAGCAGACAUACAAAGACAGGGAAAAGAUCAGAUAUCAGUGCAAAGAAGGUUAUCGAGGAGUUUUCACUCUAACCUGUGGGGAACAUGGUUGGGCUGGGAAUGCACAAUGUACAGCAAUAACAUGCAACAGACAUGAAUACCAAAAUUCAGACAUUGCUGGGGAGUAUCAGCACGAAUACAAGUACAAUGACCAGGUCGAGUACAUCUGCAAGGAUGGUUAUGAGGGGAGUUUUAAUAUGACCUGUAAGGAUUCAGGUUGGAUCGGAACUCCAGAUUGUACAAGGAGACAGUGUAGAAAACUUCACAUCGAGAAUGCAUACAUCACCCGCAAUGAAAAGAACAUCUAUGGCUUCAAUGAAAGAGUCCACUAUGCAUGCACGCACGAUGCUGACAAAGUUUUUGCUCUUACCUGUGGGCGAAAUGUUUGGACUGGGAUUCAGACAUGUCCAGCAUGUCCAAACCCUGAAAUUCAACAUGGAUUUGCAGUUGGCCCAUACAAUGACACACUGUACUACACCUGCGAUGAAGGUUUCAAACUUCUCAACAAAGGCUGGUGGGCUGAGGCUAAAUGCCAUGAUGGCGUGUGGUCUGGAAUUGACCAAUGUAUCGAGAAUACAAAGUGUGGAAAUACUCCUGUGAUUCCGAAUGGGGAAGUGAAACCUCCACGUGUUGAAGGCAAUUCUUACCGGAUUACUUGCAAUUUAGGAUACAGCGCUCAGAUUUCGACUUUCAAUUGUCACCAGGGAAAAUGGAAUCUGCGGGGAUAUUCACCCGAAACAGUCUGUAAAUUUGAUUCCAAACUCUGCAAUUCCCCACCAAAAGUUGGCAAUGCAGUUAUUAUGACUCCAUACAAGAAGGAAUACUUGCCAAACUCUGCAGUAACUUAUCAGUGCCGUGAUAAGUAUACUAUAAUGGAUGGGGAAGAUACGAUUCAAUGCAUAGAUGGAAAAUGGGAGGAGAGGAACAUCAAGUGCACAUCAUACUGUGACAAGCUCAAAGAUGACACAAUGACUAUCACCGCCGACAAAGAAAGAUAUAUGGAUGGGGAAGUCAUAACGUAUAAAUGUGCCUAUUCUGAUGUUGAACACACCGCAAAAUGUGUCAAUAGCAAUUGGAAUAAAUCAGCAGAAUGCAAAGUAAAGCCAUGUGAACUUCCUGAUGACACUCCCAAUGGCUAUUAUCAAAUAAUCCGCGGUGAAGAGUUUGUUUUUGGGACAACAAUCAAAUAUUUUUGUUAUGAAGGAUAUCAAAUGGUGAGUAAGGAUGACACCAGGACUUGUAUGCUGGACAAAUGGACCAACCAUGUGCCAGUAUGUGAACCUUUGAGCUGUGAACCCCCGCCUGCUGAUGGAGGGGUUACCGUAACAGGUUUAUCAGAAAAUGACGACCCCAUACUUCCUAACCGCUUCCUGAAGUUCAGCUGUGAUGGUCCUGGGAAAUAUCUGAAUGGCAGUUCACUGCUAAUAUGUGGUAAAGACGGACAGUGGGAUAAUCCAUUCCCCUCUUGUGAAGACAUCACUUGUGAUGCUGACAUGAUGCCCCCUAAUCUUAAUGUAGUUGGUCUACCAGCAGCAAAUGAGACAAUGAAGAUUGGACAUAAAUUACGGUUUAGCUGUGACAAUCAAUAUACAAUGGAUGGGUCGGAAGAAGUUGAAUGUUUAGAGACUGGGAAGUGGAACACUGCCUUUCCAACUUGUGCUGAAAAAUGCAAAGUGGCAGGUGUAUCAGACAGCGUAUACCUCAUCACACGUGUACCAGGCAAUCAAGUCAGAAAAGGACAAAAGUUACGGUUUCAGUGCAGGAGGCGUGGAGACUUCCUUCGAGGGAAGGCAGAGGUUGAAUGUUCAGCAGGCGGACAGUGGAGCGAUCCCUUCCCAACAUGUGGAGCUCCUUUGGGCUGUGGGAAGCCACCACCACUUGAAAAUGGAGACAUAAAGACAACUGUUCAGUGGGAGUACAGGCAUAAUGACUGGGUUGAAUACGUGUGUCAGCCUUACUACACUAUUGAGAGUCAGACUUACAAAAUCUGCAAAAAUGGUGAAUGGAUUGGACAGAUGAGAUGCCUCAAACCCUGCACUGUGGACAGAGAAGCCAUGAACGCACAUAAUAUUGAAUUCAGAUAUAAACGUGAUGAUAAGCUGUAUUCAUCCCACAAUGAUAUGAUCGAGUUCAGGUGUAAAGGACGAAGAAGACACAUCGGAACAGUGGACAUGCGUCAGAGUUGUGUUGAUGGUGAGAUGCAGCUGCCCACUUGCCAUUUGCCACUUUGCAGGGACUCAAACACACAAAGAAAUUCUCAGAAAACAUUUGUCAGAAAACGCAUUUGUCAAAGGACCAUGAGAGUCUCUAUAUUCCUUCUGUUUCUCCAACUGUGGACAAAUGUUGAGGUUUCUUCAUCACAGAGUGCAUGUUUGAAGCUCCCAGAUGUUCUUCAUGCCCAUGUGUCAGAUCCAGACCAGCAGUACCAAGAAGGAGACCUGAUACAGUUUACCUGUAAACCAGGUUAUACUGCAUCAGGUCCUGGUAUCAAAUAUAUAUGCAUGAGCAACGGCUGGCUGUUGGUCCGUCAGGGAACAUGCGACUUUUCAGGUGUGAGCUGUACCCCCCCAACUGCAGAUGCAGGCGUCACAGUAAAAGGUCUACCGGAAAAUGAUGAUCCCAUACUUCCUGACCAUCCUCUCACAUUCAGCUGUGAUGAUCCUGGAAAAUAUCUGAAUGGUAGUUCAGUGCUGAUGUGCGGUCAAGACGGACAGUGGGAUAAUCCAUUCCCCUUUUGCGAAGACAUCACUUGUGAAGCUGAUGUGAUGCCCCCUUAUCUCAAUGUAGUUGGACUACCAGCAGGAAAUGAGGCGAUGAAGAUUGGACAUAAAUUACAAUUUAGCUGCAACGAUCAAUAUACAAUGGAUGGAUCAGAAGAAGUUGAAUGUUUACAGACUGGGAAGUGGAAUGCCUCAUUUCCAACUUGCACUGAAAAAUGCAAAGUGGCAGGUGUACUAGACAGCGUGUAUCUCAUCACACGUGUACCAGGCAAUCAAGUCGAAAAAGGACAAAAGUUAAGGUUUCAGUGCAGGAGGCGUGGAGACCUCCUUCGAGGGAAGGCAGAGGUUGAAUGUUCAGCAGGCGGACAGUGGAGCGAUCCCUUCCCAACAUGUGGAGCUCCUUUGGGCUGUGGGAGGCCACCACCACUUGCAGAUGGAGACACCAAGACGACUGUUUACUUCAGUUACAGACAUAAUGAGAGGGUUGAAUUCAUCUGUCAAAAUUUCUUCACGAUGGAGGGACAGCCUUACAAAACCUGCAUCAAUGGUGAAUGGAUUGGACAGAUGAGAUGCCUCAAACCCUGCGCUGUGGAUAGAGAAGUCAUGAAUGCACAUAAUAUUGAAUUCAGAUAUACACAUAGUGAUAAGCUGUAUGUAGUCCACAAUGAUGUGAUCACGUUCAGGUGUAAAGGACAAAGAAGACACAUCGGAACAUUGAGCAUGCGUCAGAGGUGUGUUGACGGUGUGGUGAGCCUGCCCACUUGCCAGUGAAGCUUUUUAGUCAACUGGAUGUGAUAAGCAUGAAAUGGCUGAAUAAACAUACAAGUAAUUGAGGCAAACGUCAGGCAAACCAGCCUGACAUCCUCAUCUUAAGAGGUUGUACUGGGCUGAGUUUUAAAGAGUGAAGAUACUGGUAUCAUAUGAAAGACCAAAGGAAUCCAGUGGUACCAACCAUGUCAUGCUAACAUUUCAGUGGCUAAAUAACUCUCCAAAGUUAUGAUAAAUUUUGGCAAGGAAAAAACGGCCAGAUUCACAGGGCUUCCUCGAGCCCUGAUUUAUUUAAAAGACAUCUAAUCAAAUACAGGGCGUUAAGAUAAAACAAAUCUUUGCCAGCCUUUUUCUUCCUAAUGACUCCUACUUUUGGAACUUGUUUCAUUGAUGAUACUUAUGUAGUUAAACAGAAGUAAAACUUACUGUCUUCUGUUUCCAUUUGUAAUUGCAUUGUGUCUAAUCCCUGCCUUCCCUUAACCUUUAAGUUAUCUACCCAGUUGCUGCUUUUAGAUUACUGCACUGCAUUCAAAUGUAGGAAGGAAGACCUAUUGGUCACAAUUUUCUGGUGUUUGGAUGGUGUAAUGACCCUAGCUAUGUUGCCAGGAAAAGCUUUAGUUAACUGGAAGUGACAUGAGCUGGCUGGACAAACAUGUAAAUGAUUGACAGAGGUAAAGAGAAAGCCAAGUACUGUAGAACAGUUAAGCACCAGUCAUCUGUUCUCAAUUCAGUUCUGUCAUUUAUAAUAAUUGUAAUCAAACUCCGUCUGUUUUCUGCUUAUUGCAUAUUGUAUGAACAGAUCAGAAAUGUAUUUCGGCCCUAAACCAUUCAUUGUUUUAUAAACCAACAUUAGUAUUUUAGAGGCAGUUAUUUGACAAACAUGGAAUCUAUAUAGGGAUUUUAGAACUUGAGUGAUGUCUGUGAGGAAUCUGGUAACAACUGUUACCAUCUGAUUUACCUUUUCAAAAUAGCUGUUAAGAUGGCAUAACAGGAGCCAAGCCUACUGAGUUUUAUCUCGCAUCUGUCCUUUAUCUUGCAUUUUAGGUACUUUCAAUCACUGAUUUGUUUAAUGCGCUCACUUAGUGCUUGUAUGGGACCAAAGUCACCUGGUGAUAAAGUACAUAUAACUGUGUGUUGUCUGCAUAAUAACGAUAAUUAGUCAUUUUCCAUUGUCUGAGUGAGUGGGAGCAUAUAGAAACUGAACAGAAGAGGCUCUUAAAUGGAGCCUUGGGUGCUCCAUGUCACUUUUGUGGGCUUGUAUAAGUUAUUACUGAUUGACACAAAGUAGUCCCUGUCCUUCUAAUGGGAUUCAAACCAGUUUAGCAAUGUGCAACCUUGUUUUACAGUCUGUCCAAUAAUAUCUUGUAGUUGUUGACCAUGAUGAAUGCGGCACUGAGAUUAAAUGAUACCAAGA